AUGGGUUACGCCAGUCGGACCACGCCAAAUUGCGCUGGCCAGCCGGAGAUAGAGACGGAUGUCGAGUGGGAGGGACAGUCGGAUAUUCUCAAAACACAGCCGAAACAGGAUGUCUCUUCUACUCCUACCCCACAAGCGGCCUCUGAUACUGACAGGCGGACGAGUUCCGCGCCUUCGUGCAUGUCGAUGGCUAGCAUUAUCUAA